ACCCUGUAAGAAGGCAAAGCGAAGAAGCCCGCUCGUCGUAAUGCCACCAAAGUGGGUGGGCACACUUCCUAAGUAUAAGUAUGGAAACAACCUCGUCUCGUCCUAACGGAUUUCUACUACAGAGGAGACGGAGAUGAGCGCUAACAUUAUGAGACCACAGCCAGCAAUGAAAUUACACGUGCUCUUCGCCAUUUCCUUCUCCUGGGCGUUCCACGAGGUCCCAACCCCUAAGUACCAGCACUACGACCCCUUGACCUCUGAACUCCUCCUGUGUGACCAGUGUCCGCCCGGCACGGCCGUCCUGACCCACUGUACCGCCGAAACCCCCACCGCCUGCUCGCCGUGCCCCGACCGGUCCUUCUCAGAACACUGGCACUGGGGCGACAGCUGCCAGUACUGCACGACCGUCUGCAAGGAGAGGCAGCUGGUCAGUCAGGAGUGUAACAGAACCCACGACCAGCUGUGUGAGUGUAUCCCAGGCUACCACCUGGUGGUGGAGUUCUGCAUCAAACACACGUCUUGUCCACCUGGCCUCGGCGUGACGGCUCUAGGUACACCAGAGAUAGACACAGCGUGUGAGGCGUGUCCGCAGGGCCUGUUCUCCAGCCGGAUGUCUGCCAGCGAGCCGUGUGUGCCUCACAGGAACUGCUCUGAGCUGGGCUUGAAGACCCUCCGACCAGGGACCUCCACCCAGAACGCACUGUGUGAGAACAAGGCUGAAGGAUCUGUCCUGGAGUGCUCCCAACACCACACACAGUGUCACACUGACGUGUCGCUGUGUGAGGAGGCCAUCUUCCAGUCUCUGGCGUCUCUCCGUCUGUCCUCCGUCCCCCUGGAGCGUCUCCUGGAGAGCCUGCCUGGGAAGAGGGUGGACAGGAAGAGUCUGGAGAGGCUUAAGAAGGCCUGCUCCCCCCAGCAGCAGAUACUACUCCUAUUGAGACUCUGGAGAGAACAGAACAAAGACCAGGUUAAACUCCACGGCAUCAUUCAAGGUGUGAACCAAUGUGAGCGUAAGGUGUCCAGGUGUGCGGGUUUGAAGAACCUGACCCUGGGCGACCUGAUGAUGGUGAUGAAGAGUCUUCCAGGGGUCCGGGCUCACGAGGAAGACAUCAGGGCCGUGGUCUCCUCAUGCCGCUCCCAGCAGUACCUCCUGCAGCUCCUACACCUUUGGAAGAACCAGAACACGGACCUGGACAUUAAUAAGGGUCUGGCUCACAGCCUGAGCAGGCUCCGGCAGCAGGGGGCACCACGUCCGCUCCUCAGGAGCAUCAAGAAGAUCAACCGGAUCAUCUCCACCUCCUCCAUACACAAGAUGUACGAGAAGAUGUUCCUCAACAUGAUCGAGGACGGGACCUGCUUCAACACCAAACCUUACAACCAAUAGGAGAAAU